UAAUAUGAUUAACUUAAAAAUAUCUAUUGAAUACAAUUUCAUUUUACAAUGAAACGUGGCUAUAAGAGAAGACGAAAGGGGGUUUUGCCGAUUAAUUGCUAAAAUCGGCGAACCCAUUCAGUAAAUUUUAAAAUCAAAAAAUAUAUGAAAAUAUAUGGUAACUUCCUUAAUACGACAAAAACGAGUUAUACAAAUAACUAUAACUAUUCCUUUUCAAAGGAGUGAACAAUUGAGAGUAAGUCAAAAACUUUCUGCAGUUUCGAACGAUAAAAUAAAAAUACGCCUUUGAAAAAUUUCGGUGAAAAAAAGAAACGAAAAACGAAAACCGAAAAACGAAAACCGAAAAGUGAAGAAAUUUGCUUAAACACCCACGCAUUCGUUGUAUACGCAGUCAAGUGAAAAAGACGCAAACACCACACGUACACAACACACAACACACAUACACACACAACACGAGUCCAUAGCUGACACAGAGCAAGACAAGUUCUAUAGGAAAGUAAUCACGCACUUCGUACUUAUAUACGUCGUAUACACUCCCAAACACACAACACACAUGCACACAGCUCGGAACAUGUAUAUAUCCUUCGUAUUUUUGCUGUUUGUACGUUUGGUUAUAUGUGAUGAUGAUGAGCACUCUUCGUCUAUAUGGCCCAACUCUUCUGGAGUGUAUACAGAAGUUAAGCAUGGCUCUGCUAGGCAAUUAUUAGGCUCAAGUUUUGUUCGUGAUGAUAUUGGCUUACAGCAUCAACAGCAACCAACUCAGCAGCAUAUAGUCUCUCAACAACAUCAGCAACAGACACGACACGGUGCGGGCUCUAGAAAACUUAAAUCUAAACCCAAGCUCCGGCCCCAGCAACAAGUACAAAAAAGUGACCAGCAAUUAAGUCAAUUUGAAAAUGAGAAUCUGCACCCAUCUGUGCAUCCACCGCAUGAAAAUCCAGAUGAAGAUUAUUUUGGACAAGAUCUUCAUCAUUAUGAGUUUCCUACAACUGAACCUGUACUGCCAAUUGCUCCUGAUAGUGGAUCAAUUAGUGGUGCAGCAGGAGAAGUACCACGACAUCGCGAAGUAGGAGCUCGCAGAGCCGGCAGUCGAACAGACUUAUAUGGUGUCCGUGAAUCUGGAGAUAGACGGGAGAUGACUCGUGGUCGAGAGGGCUAUAUGAACAUGUUGCAUACAAAAGAGAAAGUUUUUCGUCCUCACGUUUCUCUAGUGAAUGAUGAAACCCGUUUACAAAGUCCCAAUGAUGGUUUCGGGCAUGAAUGUCAAAAUAUCUGCGGUGAGACGCAAUGGCAAUGUUUAGCAUCUUGCAGGUGUAUAGAGCAAUCAGAACGAUGUGAUAAGACAGCCCAAUGUAAUGACGGUUCAGAUGAAUAUGACUGCGAUGCUGUUGGCGAUAUGAUGUCUAAACUGCAAAGAGAAUGUGAACAAACUGGCUUACAUGUUAUGUGUCCCAAAACUUAUCGCUGCAUAAAUAAGGAUUGGUUGUGUGAUGGAGACGAUGAUUGUGGAGAUUACACAGAUGAAACUCACUGUGGUGCUCGCACGAAUUGUACUGAUGAUCAAUUUGAAUGUCAAAAUGGUUUUUGUAUUCCCAAACAAUGGGUAUGUGAUGGAGAAAAUGAUUGUAAGGAUUUUUCUGACGAGGCCCAUUGUAAUAGAACAAGUUGCUCUGAUGAACAUUUUACCUGUAAUGAUGGCUAUUGCAUUUCUAUUGCAUUCCGUUGCGAUGGUGAGCGCGAUUGUAAUGAUAAUUCAGACGAAUACAAAUGCAAAGCAGUCAUGAACAGUUGCCCUGAAGGUGAAUUUAAAUGUCGAGGCGGCUUAGGUGGAGCAGGUGGACCCAGUGGACAAUGUAUACUUAAUCGCUUCCGUUGUGAUGGUGAUAAUGAUUGUGGCGACUGGAGCGAUGAGGAACAUUGCCCACAGAAACCAUCUCAAUGCACAGCCAGUGAAUAUAAAUGCGCAGAUGGGACUUGCAUUCCGAAGCGAUGGAAAUGUGACAAAGAACAGGACUGUGAUGGAGGUGAAGAUGAAAAUGAUUGUGGAAAUAUGAAUGCUGGUCAGCCAAUAACUUGCGGCAAUGAUGAAUUCACUUGUCAUAAUGGCAGAUGUAUUUUGAGAACGUGGCUUUGUGAUGGGUACCCAGAUUGCUCUUCUGCCGAAGAUGAAGUUGAAUGUCAUUUGGAAUGUGAUCCCGGUCAAUUUCUAUGUCCUGCAAAGAAAAAUAUUACAAAUCUUAAAAUUUGUGUGCACCAAAAACACGUAUGCGAUGGACAAAAUGAUUGUCCAUUAGGUGAAGAUGAGGUUAAUUGCCCUCAGCCUCGGGAAUGUUAUCCAAAUACUCCAUGUGAACAGCUCUGUAUUACUUCUGCAAAGGGUCGUAACGAAUGUGCUUGUCGACUGGGAUUUCUAAUGCAUCCAAAUCGAAGAAACUGUACUGACAUCGAUGAAUGCACAUUUCUAACAAGUCCCGUAUGCUCACAAAAAUGUCAUAACACUCAUGGGUCUUUUAUUUGCGCAUGUGAGGAAGGAUAUAUUUUGCGCCCUGACUUGCGUACGUGUAAAGCACUUGGAGGUGCAAUGACUCUCCUAGUGGCAAAUCGUUGGGAUAUUCGCAGAGUUACUUUAAGCAAUAAUCGGUAUUCAGCCAUUGUAAAAGGCCUUCAUAAUGCUAUUGCGCUUGAUUAUCACUACAAAAAGGGAAUUAUGUUUUGGUCUGAUGUUUCCACUGAUGUUAUAAAAAUGGUGUACAUGAACGGUACUCGUGUACGAGACGUUAUAAAGUGGGGUCUCGAAUCACCCGGAGGAAUUGCUGUAGAUUGGAUACAUGAUUUACUCUUCUGGACCGAUUCUGGUACACGGCGAGUUGAAGUUUCGAAUUUUCAGGGUAAUUUACGUGCGGUUAUUGCAUCUAAUGACUUGGAUAAACCACGUGCUAUAGUUAUACAUCCAGGGGAAGCCUUUGUAUUUUGGAGUGACUGGGGGCCAAAUCCAAAAAUUGAGCGCUCCUAUAUGGAUGGAACUCAAAGGGAAAUGAUUAUUUCUAAAGGAGUUACUUGGCCAAAUGGACUUGCUAUUGAUUAUCCUAGCCAUAAACUCUACUGGGCUGAUGCAAAACAGCAUGCUAUAGAGUGCUCAAAUUUUGAUGGUUCAGAUCGGGUUAAAAUAUUGAGCAGUCAUUUACCACAUCCCUUCGCAUUGACUAUUUUUGAAGAUACUAUGUACUGGACGGAUUGGAAUACAAAAACUGUGUCUGCAGCAAACAAAAUAACAGGAAAAGGUUUUCGUUCAGUCCAUGAAAAUUUUCAUUUUCCUAUGGAUAUUCAUGCUUAUCAUCCAGCUAGACAACCAAACUAUAACGACCGUUGUCAGAAAGACCGCAGAGGUCUUAGAGGAGGUUGUUCACAUUUAUGCCUACCCAAUAAAACUUCAAGACGAUGUGGUUGUCCCAUAGGCCUCUCACUUAAAGAAGAUGGCAAAACCUGUAAGAGCGCUCCAGAGAAAUUAGUGCUAGUAGCUCGGCGAAAAGAUAUUCGGCUUAGACAACUUAAUGUAAAAGCAUCAAGUACUAAUGAAGUAGAUAUGAUAGUUCCAUUAGAUAACAUCAAACAUGCCGUGGCCCUCGAUUGGUGUAACGAUGAUUAUAUAUAUUGGACUGAUGUAGAAAGAAGUUCAAUCAAUAAAGCACACUUAAACGGCAGUUAUCAACAAAAAGUGGUACAUUCAAACCUGAUUUCUCCUGCUGGUCUUGCUUUAGACUGGGUUACAGAUAAAUUGUAUUGGACGGAUCCUGAUACCAAUCGCAUUGAAGUGGCAACAACUAAUGGAAAAAUUAGAACUCUAUUAAUUUGGGAAAAACUAGACAGGCCACGUGAUAUUGUAGUGAACCCAAUUGACGGUCUACUGUUCUGGUCAGAUUGGGGAGAACACCCGAUGAUUGAAAAAGCUCAUAUGGAUGGAAAGAAUCGUGUUGUUAUAUCAUCUAAAAAUCUUAUAUGGCCAAACGGUUUAGCUAUUGAUUACGAUCAACAGAAAGUGUAUUUUGUUGACGGGGGGAUCAAAACAUUAGAAAAUAUGAACUUUGAUGGUAGCGGUCGUACAACUAUUUUAAGUGGUCUCGGUCAUCCAUUUGGUUUAGAUGUAAGUGAAAAUCGCGUAUAUUGGACAGAUUGGGACACAAAAUCGGCGCUUAGUGCUGAUAAAUUAACUGGAAAGGACAUAACCACUAUAAUAGCUAAUUCAACUGAUUUGAUGGAUAUACGAGUCUUUCACCGUUCACGAAGGCGUACACAUAAUGCAUGUGGAAAAUCAAAUGGAGGUUGUUCCCAUUUAUGUCUUUUAAAUCCAACUAGCUAUAGUUGCGCAUGUCCAGUUGGUGUACAAUUAAAGGAUGAUCUACGCAGUUGCUCUGAGGGUCCUGCUAAAUACAUAUUAUUUGCGCAUCGCGUAGACAUUAGGCAAAUAUCAUUAGAUUUCGACCAUCUUAUUGAUGUUGUUUUACCUUUGCCUCCUAUAUCAAAUGCAGUAGCAUUAGAUGUUGAUAAACAGACUGGUGUUAUAUAUUGGUCCGACACUAUUGAAGAUGUUAUAAUGAGUUCAACAUCUGAUGGCUUACAUGUAAACAAAGUAAUUGGUGAGAGUUGUGAUAAUCCAGAUGGUCUAGUUGUUGAUUCUGUUGGACGAAUGAUUUACUGGGCUGAUGCUGGACGUCACACAAUUGAAGUUGCUAGUCUUGAUGGUAAACAUCGACAUCUUAUAGCAUGGAAAGACUUGGAAUCACCACGUGGGUUAGCUUUAGAUUAUGAGGCAGGGUUGUUAUUUUGGACAGAUUGGGGGCAUUAUCGUAAAAUUGAACGUGCUCACAUGGAUGGAGAAAAUAGACAUCGAAUUGUUACAUCUCAUCUAGGCUGGCCAAACGGUUUGUCUCUAGACUUAAAAUCCAAACGCAUAUAUUGGGUAGACGCACAGCUCAAAACUAUUGAUUCCUGCGACUAUACCGGUAAUCAAAGAAAGCUAAUCAUGUCUGCAUUGCACCAUCCAUAUGCCUUAGCACUCACAGAUGACUAUUUGUUUUGGACUGAUUGGAAAUCAAAAGCUUUACACAUGGCUGAACGCAGAAAUAUUACUGCUAAGAAAGAUAUAAUGAAUAAUAUUGAUGGUCUAAUGGAUAUAAAAGUUAUUACGGCAAAUCAAACAUUGCCACUCAAUGCUUGUGGCAAAAAUAAUGGUAACUGCUCACAUUUGUGUUUACGCAACCCAGAGGGAUACUCCUGUAAAUGUCCCAUUGGCGUUAAGUUGAAGAAUGAUAGCAAAACGGAAUGCCAAGCUCUUCCAGAGGAUUACUUAUUAAUUGCGUUAAGGUCAGGUAUUGGCAUGAUAUCUCUCAACGCCCCUGAUUAUAUGGAUGUGGUGUUACCCAUUAACGGAGUGCAUGGCGCAGUUGUUUUGGAUUUUCAUUAUCAGCGUAACUGGUUGUUCUUUGCCGACGUAAAUUUAGAUGUUAUACGUCGCAUUAACCUAUUAAAUUUUACUGAAAGUAAAAUUAUUGUCAAUACUGAUUUGUUAACACCAAAUGGCAUUGCUGUCGAUUGGGUGGCUAACAAUUUAUAUUGGUCGGACUCCGACAGAAAAUUAAUUGAAGUUUCACGUUUAGAUGGCAGUUCUAGGAAAAAAUUAGUAACGGAUGAUAUGGGCGAUCCGAGAUCAUUAAUUGUACAUCCAAAACGAGGAUAUCUCUUCUGGUCCGACUGGGACACACCAGCACGCAUUGAACGUAGCUAUUUAGAUGGUACAAACCGCACUACCAUUGUCACGAGCAAUAUUGGUUUACCAACUGGACUAACUAUAGAUUUCGAUAAUGGACGUUUGCUUUGGGCUGAUGCCCUUGAAGACAAUAUUGCGUGCGUGGACUUUAAUGGAGCACGACGUACUACCAUUGUACAAUAUGCUCCGCAUCCAUUUGGACUAACAAUGUUCGAGAGCAGUAUUUAUUGGACUGACUGGUACAAUAAAUCAGUUUAUCGAUCCUAUAGAAUGACGCGAGGUUUUAGUAAUCCAUUUGAAAUACGUGAUGCGCUCAGUGGUGCGCUUGACAUCCGUGCUGUUUCAGCAAAACGACAAUCAAAUGAUUGGAAUCAAUGUGCACAAGAUAAUGGCGGAUGUACAAACCUCUGUCUUUAUCGAGGCUAUAAGUAUGUGUGUGCCUGUCCCGAUCGAUUUGAUCAUGAUUGUUCAGAAACACCUAGAUUUAUAAUACCUCCACGUUCUGAUGAAAAUGAACCUGAGUAUCCUUGGGAUGUAACCGAGGGUUAUGGUUCUUCCACAGAGGAUAUGGAUAAUGAAUAUGAAACACGCAAAACAAAUCAGAAAGAAACAGUUAUACUUAUAGCAAGCGGAAUUGUGACCGUAUUACUGAUUUUAAUUAUUAUUGCUAUUAUAUUAUUAAUGUUUAACUCAAAACGAACUAAAACAAAACGACAUUCAAGAGGUUCAAGUCGUUCAGUAUUGACUUUUUCUAACCCUAAUUAUAAUGUUGAUGGAACACCAAUGGAACCAAAGACAAACAUUUGGAAACGAUUUAAAUAUGAUAAAUCGCAUGAGAGGGUUUACGAAGAGCGCAGUCUCACAACUGAGACAGCUUCAUCCAGUCUAUUCGUUCCAACGCCUUCCCCAAUGGCCUCGCCAUCUACCAAAAAUAUGCAGAUCACUACACUAUCAACUAUUACAUAAAAACUUAUUUGAUUUGAAAAAAUUAUUACAAAAUAAAAAUUUAUA